AUGGCGGUAGAGGCAGUAGUGUCUGUUGUGUUACAGAAACUAAACGAUAUGCUGAAAGCGCAAUCACUGAACCAAAACACGCUCAUAGUUUAUGAAGUGCAAGAGAUCAUGAAGUCACUCAACUCGAUAAGAGAGUUGAUGAUCUCCAUUAAGAGUAUCAACCACAAAGCACAUGACUAUCUUGAUGAUGUUUAUAUGAUCGAGGACAAGGUCGAGAAGUUCACCCUCCAUGUUGUCUGCCGGAGGAAGGUAUUUGGUUUCUUGACUAACCAUAUUUUCAUCAUCAACAACUUGAACUCUUGCAAGAAGAUCCACCAGAAAGUAAAGAAUAUCGUUACCCGCCUGAUGGAGCUAAAAGGCCAGCAACGUCACAUAAAGAUGACUACUAUUAAGGGAGCUCUUUAUAAAGACACAAGUGAUGACGAAAAUGCAGAUGGAAAAUAUAAAACUAUUCCUGUCAACCAUGUGGAGGAACUAAGCUUCAGCUACUCAUGCAACGAAGAAGCAAUGCAGAUUGUCGGUGUCAAAGACCGUUUUCAGGAAACAAAACACAUGUCAAGCUUUUCAUAUAGGGAAAAGGAAAUGGACAUCUUUGGGUUGAAAGAAGAUAUCAAGACUUUGGUGAAUCAUCUCAUAAACGACAGUGAACAUGUGUUUUCAAUUGUUGGUCAAAGGGGAAUAGGCAAAACAACACUUGCUCGUGCAAUCUACAAGCAUAGAGACAUCAAGAAGCAUUUUGAAUUCCGUGCUUGGGUUUCCAUGUUACCCGACUAUUCCACAAAAGACGUCCUCCUAAGCUUGUUGAAAGCAAUGGAUAGCAUUACGGUCAAAACAACUAAUAUGGACGAUGAGAAAGAAAUGAAGCUGAAGCUCGGCAUAUACCUUACAAAUAAGAGGUAUUUGGUUGUCUUAGAUGGUGCAAAUACUUGCUAUAUUCGUGAAGAUCUGAAAGAAAUCUUCACAGAUGUAAAGAAUGGAAGUAAGUUAGUCUUGACUUCUUCACAAACAAUGGAUACUAUACAACCGAGUAUACCUUUGCCUGGUAUGUGUCCCCUAAAUGAAGCAGACACUUUGGAAAUGCUCAAAGAGAAGGUCGGUGAAGAGAAGAGUCCGGAUCUACUUCCAGAAAAUUCAAAGCUAAUUCUGCAGAUCUGUAAAGGUUUACCCCUCAAUAUUGUUCUGCUUGCUCGUCUUCUCUCAAUGAGGGAUCCAAGCAAUUGGCCUCAACUCUUCUCUCGCAUGAAAAACUCUGUGAGCAUAUUUUCUCUUUGCUAUGAUGACUUGAGUGACGACUUGAAGGUAUGCCUGCUUUAUUUAGUGCUUUUCCCUAAAGAAUUUGACAUCCCAGUAAGGAGGUUGUUGCGGUUGUGGCUUGCUGAAGGCUUUGUGAAAGAGAACUUAACCCAAGAAUUUCAAGAAGAUACUGCACAAAUGUACUUUGAAGAAUUAGUCAACCGAAACAUGAUUCAAAUAUCAAAAUUAAGGUCUGACAAUAGCCCAAGAGGAUGUCGAGUGCUUGGUCCCCUGCAUGAUUUUUUGCGCCCGAAAGCCAGGCAAACCAAUCUCUUCUACACCUAUAGCAACUUACUAGAUUCUGAGGAAGUAGGUUCUUUAAAUAUACGUAGGUUGGUUGAGUAUGAAUCUCCAAAGAUGGAACAAGGAACUGACAGAACGAAAAUCCCAGGAAAGGAAAAUGGCGCUUACCCUUCUUCAAGUUACUUAUCUUCGUUUACAUCAGGUGAGAAUAAAACCAAAAAUCAGUCUGAAAUCGAAAUGUCAAAUCUGUUUUCCCCUAAGAAAACACAGCCAAAAAGUUCAGGGUUUAAUCCUUCUAACCUGCGGUCUUACAUAUCAUUUAACCAUCGAAAAACAGAUUAUAAGCAGGCUAAACAAAUUGGAAGUUUUUUGUGUAAUAUUAUAAAUGAUGGCUUUGGGUUAUUACGGGUGCUUGACCUAGAAGGUGUAUAUAAACCAAUCUUGCCUGAAAAUCUAGGUAACUUAUGCAAUAUAAGGUACUUGGGUCUAAGAUUUACAUAUCUGGAUAGUCUUCCUGAAUCAGUAGGAGAGUUGACCCACUUGGAAACCUUAGAUCUAAAACAUACAUGCAUAGAUGAGCUACCUGAUUCCAUUUUGAGAUUGAAGAAACUUCGCCAUCUCAAUCUUAACGAAAUGUAUCUCAAUGAGAAACUACAAUAUUCGUUGAGGCUCUUGACACUGUGGGGAUUGUGUCUGGACGAGAAAGUCUCGAUAAAGGAUGGUUUGGAUAAAAUGCAAAUCCUUAGAGAAUUGGGUAUUACGUUCCUCCUAGGUACCAACCAGGAAGAUCUACUGAAUUGGAUUGGCAACUCAAGGGAUUUACGUUCACUAAGGUUGCGAUCCAAGGAUAAUUUGGGGCGCCCUUCAAAACUCAUGUUCAAAUCAAUGUCGAAUCUGGUGCAACUUUCCCACCUAAACUUGUUGGGUAAUUUAGAGAAACUGCCCCAUCAAAACGAAUUCCCACCAACACUCAAGGUCUUGACACUGUCCAUCUCACUGCUAGAGCAAGAUCCUAUGGAAACACUUGGUCAACUUCCCUGCCUAACAGUCCUCCGGCUAUUAGGACAGUCCUUCAUAGGGAAAGAAAUGGUUUGUCGCAAAGGAGGGUUUACUAAGCUUAGAGAGCUGAAAAUGUGGAUGCUGAAGGAGUUGGAGAGCUGGUCGGUUGAAGAAGGGUCGAUGCAAAGCCUCAAACAUCUAGAUAUUAGAUGUUGUGAAAAAUUACAAACUAUUCCAGUCACAUUGCUGCAACAACAUCAAUUAGAAAAGCUAGUUUUGACAAGCAUGCCACAUGCAUUCACAGCUGAGGUCAAGCGAUUAAAAUCAGAACACACAUCCUUGACCAUCAAUCAUUGGAAAUUUCCUCCAUUACCUCAGUGGGAGUCCAAGGAUUCGACUUUGGUGAAACAUGGCAAAAAUUGAAUCUCCAAGUGAUGUCAAUAAUACAUAUAAGAAGGCUACCCACGGGUAUUAGUAUUACUUUAAGUAAAGUCUAAUUUUCAGGGAAAAUAGAUGUACGUGCUACUGAUGAGCAAAAGAUUGGUAGAUUUGUGUGGAUUAAAAAUAAUGGGGAUGAAGUUAAGUUCAGUGUAAGCAGAGUGUAAGCAGGGCCUGGAAUGACUAUGAAUGCAAAGUGAGAUGGGUCAAGCUGGUUUGGUUCAAUCAACGCGUGCCUAGCCAUGCAUUUAUCAUUUGGUUAGCGGGGAAGGCUGAGUACCCAAGAUAGGUUAUCAAAGAGGCACCCUAAUAAACAAUUUGAAUGUGCAUUAUGUAAAGGUCAAAAAGAUCAUAUGGAACAAUUAUUUUUCACUUGUGAAUAAUCUAAUUGGAUAUGACAGGAGGUUAGGGUAACAGUUAAGGUUCAAGGUAUCCCUAGUGCUUGGGAUGGGAAUAUAGAAUUGUGAAAUGGUUUAUAGAUUCUAAAUAUCUAGUCCCAAAACAGUUUGGAAUGUGGUUAAAAGGAUCUCAUUUGCUGCUAGUGUGUGUUGGAUUUGGAGGGAAAGAAAUGUGAGACUGUUUAAGCAAAAUAGUAGACCAAAGGAAAAAUAUAAGGGAGAAUAUCCUGGAAUUAAUUAAACUCAGAUUGAUAUGUCUGAAGUUUAAAAAUUGUAGUGCUUAUAACGAGUUGAGGAUAAAUCAGAUAUGCGUUAACUGGUGAUUAUGUUUGACUGCUAGUUGGGUAGGUAAGCGUGCAGAUUUGCUUGGUUUUAUUGACUAUUUGACUGAAUGCUGGUGCUUGGAAUGUAUAAUUGGGAGUUGCAGUGUGAAUUAUAUGCAGGGGGACAAGACUUGUCUGUGAUGUUGUUUCAAUGUUUGUGCAGGAAUGGAGGUGUAGGAUGUGUGAUGAUUAGCAUGGUAGGAUUAAAUUUGUGUAUGUAGUUGAUGUAUAGUAUAGUAUCUUUGUGUUGUUGGUUCUGGUUUAGUAGUGGUGGGCAUGUCCACCAUUGAAAGACUAAAGAGCUUGGAUGUAUAAUUUUGGUGUAAAUAAAAUUUAAGAGGUACUGUUAAAUAAAAAAAAGUCUAUAUAUCAGUAUGUGAACUAGGGAAGGAAGUAAGACAGGAUAAGACUGCUACUAUUCAGACCUCAUAUACAUCUACACCAACUCAGAUUCCACCCCCAGACAAAGUGGUUCCAAAAAUACAUGCUAGUAAUGCAUUUUCCGCAUCGGAUGAAGGAUUUGAUGUAAGGGAUCAUGAAAUGGACUUUGUUUUGGAGAGAUGGUUGAAGCUGAGAAAAAGAAGUAGAACGAGCAAAAGGGUGGUGAUUCUUCUUCUUUAGAUGACGAGGCAAUCAGAAAUCCAUAAUGAAACAUCUAAUUAUAUGCCUAUAUGGCUCAUGUGGGAUGAAACUAUCGCUAGUUUCCGUGUAAUAUUUCUUUCAUUGUUUGAUUAGAAUCAUAUUAGAAAGAAAGAAAGAAACAAGAGUCAUAUUUUGAGAUUGAUUUUCCA